AUGUCAGAAGAUGCUAAAACAUUGAAGAGAAUAAAGAAUAAACAACAAAGGCAAAAAGUCUAUGCCGAAUUAAAGCAUGAAAAGAAUAAAGCCAAACAUAAAUUAAGAGCAGAAAGGGCCAAAGAAGAAAGAAGUAAUCCUGAAUUAAAAACUGAAAGAUUAGCUACUAAUGUACCAGAAACUUUAGAUUCUAAAAGAGUUUUCGAUGAAACCAUUGCUGAAGAAGUUGAAGGUGAAGAUGAAUUUAAUGAAAUAUUUAAUAAUAGUAAACCUCCUAAGAUUUUAUUAACUACUAAUCACAAAGCUAAAAAACAAGCUUACGAAUUUGCCGAUUUAUUAAUGGAUUUUUUACCUAAUGUUACUUUUGUUAAACGUAAAGAACAAUUCAACAUCAAAGAUAUGGUUAAAUUUUGUAAUAACAGGGAAUAUACUGAUUUAAUAAUAUUGAAUGAAUUCAAUAAAAAAGUUACAGGAUUAACAUUUAUUCAUUUACCAAAUGGACCAACUUUUUACUUCUCAAUAACUUCAAUAACAGAAGGUAAAAGAAUUUCUGGUCAUGGUAGAGCAACUAAUCAUACACCAGAAUUAAUUUUAAACAAUUUUAAUACCAGAUUAGGUAAAACAGUUGGUAGAUUAUUCCAAUCUAUUUUCCCAAAAAAUCCUGAAUUUCAAGGUAGACAAGUAAUAACGUUACAUAAUCAAAGAGAUUAUAUAUUCUUCAGAAGACACAGAUAUUUAUUUAAAAGUGAUGAAAAAGUUGGAUUACAAGAGAUUGGACCCCAAUUCACAUUGAAAUUAAGAAGAUUACAGAAAGGUAUUAAAGAAGAAACUGAAUGGGAAUUCAGACCUGAAAUGGAAAAGGAUAAACGUAAAUUUUACUUAUAA